UUGCAGCUUUCCCGCCCUCAUACUGAGUGGGUUCCUUCAGGAGCGGGCUACUUCACCUCAAAAUUUUCAAUAUCCGAGGAAAGCAUGAAACAUAUUUCUCCUACAGUGAUCGAGUCUUUCAAGUCCAUUGCUGUAUAUUCUGGGAAGCCAUUCACCAUCGCUGACUAUGGCUGUGCUGACGGAGGGACCUCCAUGCCACUCAUGUACGCAUGCGUAGAGGAAUUGAGAAACUUGCACGGGAAUGAGCUUGAAAUUCACAUAAAUUAUGAAGACAGACCAGAAAAUGACUACAACUCAAUCUUUUACUAUGUGCAAGGUGAAAAAAAACAUACGAUAGUGAAAAUAACGAAUUGCUAUUCAUUGUGUAUGUUGAAGAUGUUUUAAGGACGCGGUAGACCUUCCCAGGUGUUCUUCGCUAAAAAAAAAUUGUUACCGCGCUAUUUGAAGCGCAACCACCGUCAACUAUUUAACAAAUAGAUUCUAGGUUGCCGUGCGUCUGUUCAGUAAUAGAUCAGAUGACGUCAAAAUGUGGUAAGAACAAAAAAGGUUUUUAGAUAUUGAUAUCUUGAGAGCCUUCAGACCAAAUUUAAGCUCAAUCCAUUAAGGUUUCAAAUCUUAUUAAUUCGAUCAAAAACCUCGUUCUCAGGGCCUCUCCUUUUCCUACUGAGCUCGGGGUGUUGUGCGUGAGGGAAAGUGGGAUACAGAUAUAACAUGACCAAGCGAUUGUUUAUAAUCAAAAAAAAAAAAAAAAAAAAAAAGGGAAGGAUGGGUUAUACCUUGAUUUUUUAAUACAUGCAAUUCGUAACAGCCUUUACUGUCAAGUACUCUUACCGAAACUUAUCAGAGUCAUGGACACUUGCUUCGAGUUCAUUCUUGUAUUUGAAUGCUGCAAUAAAGCAACCCCUAGUCAUUUUUAUCCUCAGUUAAAACUGCGUCUGUACACUUUCGUUCCAGGUUUGCUGCCACUUUCAUCCAGCUACCUUAGUGAUUUCCCAAAUGUCUUCGUAUCUGCAACAGGAACCAGUUUUUACGAGCAAUGUUUCCCCAGCGAUUCCGUAAACUUGGGCUUUUCCUGUCUGGCCAUUCAGUGGCUGAGGAAAAGACCCUGUAAUUUGACUAGGGCGAUACUGCAUUGCUACUCCGAAGUCCCACAAGAGAGAAAUAUGUUUGCCAAACAGGCUGAGAAGGACUGGGAACAGUUCUUGUUGAUGAGAGCAAAAGAACUUUCCAAAGGUGAGAAACAUGUUUACACCGACUCUAAAAAAAAACAUCCAUGUUUAUUGAGUCAAAAUCAGUCCCAGAAAGAUAAAAUUUAGUUUCACAAGUCGGAUCUCACUUCGCACUUGCCACUUAAUAAAUUUACGUUCAUUGCUUCGGCCGUUUACCAAGAUAGACAAAAAAAUAUGUCGUUAAGGUUUUUCCCUGGUGCUUUAUCAAUCUCGUAUAGUGUAGAAAUAUGUGGUGUAACACUCACGAAAGUACCUCUCAGAGAGGCGGUACUGGCGUGCGGUCAUCACGUGGCAGUAGAAUUUUCUCCGCCAAUGUUUCUCCAUAUUCCUUAUUUAGGGUGUUCCGCUCUCCCCCUUUGCACACUGAGGAUACGCCAUAAAUUGCACCAUCGUUAUUUACUCUAAUUAUGUUCUAUCUUUGGUUUAAGGCGGUAGGCUGGCACUGAUUAUAGCCUGUACACAUGGGAAAGAAACCGAAGGUAGCGUCCCAGGUCUUGUUAUCUACAAGUUAUUGUACAACGUUUGGGAGAGCAUGGAAAAAGACAAGAUCAUUUCAAAGGUUAAGUGAACUUUUAUUAAGUUUUAUCUUUAAUUAAUGUGAGCCAGACUUUUCAACAAUUUUCCUCGAGCACCUCUGGUAAUUUUUUAAAUACACAAACUUAAUUAAAUGAUGAGGUUUUAUCAACUGAGUUGAUGCUGUAAAUUGGCCUCUGUAGAGAGUUUUUAAAGCUGACGUUUUGGGCGUUAAUCCUUCGUCAAAGCGAUCAACGAAGGGCUAAUUCUCGAAACGUUAGCUUUAGAAAUUGUUUACAGUGGCCAUUUUAUUUUAUUAACUCAGUUGAUAAACCAAAUUAUCUUGUUGGACACCCUACCGACGCAGCACCACAGUUUCUUCAUGAAAUUAUCCCCCUUAGACUGAAUUGAAGUUUGAUUCAUGAAUGAUUUAUAAAAUUACCCACAUCCUAUCGUUUCAAACUAUGCUCCGCUGAUUUAAAACGAUCACAAGGGUUCUUUUGUAAAAGACAAUGACUUUGAACCCGCGCUAUAAAAGGUUCGUUAACCCUUUAACUCCCAUGAGUGACCAAGACAGAAUUUCUCUUUAUAGUAUCAAUACAAAAUCAAGCAGACAAGUGUUGAGAAUAUAGAAAACUAUCAAUAAGGGAGUUGUUAGUUGAUCCAAUGCCAAGUUCUGCGAGCUAACAUCAUAAGAUUUGUAAAAAAACGGGAAACAGGAAAAACAGCUAAUGAGUUCCUAGGAGUGAAAGGGCUGGAGGUAUUCUCGAAAUAAGGUCAUAUGUAUUCUUCUGAAGUGCCAUUUCUCUUUACACCACAGAAAGAUAUGGAAGAAAUGACCAUCCCUGAAUAUUUCCGAACUCGUGAAGAACUGGUGAAGCCGUUCCUAUCAGACACAUCGCCGGUUAGAAACGCUGGUCUUAAUCUUGUCUCCAUGGAAUUGAAAGAGUUUCCUUUGCCAGAGAAAGCCAUGUGGAAAAUUACUGGAAACGCUAAAGCAUGUGCGAGACUGAUGACUGAACAAACCAGGGCUUGGAGCAAUUCCUUCUUUCAGUCGGGUGAGUAAACUAUUAUAAAUACUCAACAUUCAACGACUAUUCACCGAAGUGGAGAUUGCUUGGACCUAGAUCCUUCCAUGCAACCAAAAUGUAGGAACUUACCACCGCAUGGCCGUGGAAAGUCCGGGCACGAGACUAGUGGCGGAUAUUACCCUCGUUGCGAAGCGGCGCGUUAAAUAUCCACCGCGAGCUACCGACACCAAGGUGAAAAGUUGUUUCAAUAUACACCCAAUUUCAAAAACCUUAACACCUAAAAAGCAUGAUCCAUGAAGACGAGACCCAAUGGCUUUUAUGGGAAUAUUCGAGCAGCCACAUAAUCAGUGAUUCACUUUAGAAAAACAAUGAAAAACCUAUAUGAUUAUCCUUUUCUUCCAGGAAAGCGUGGAUAGCUUUCAUCAUUCACCACGCUCUAAUGGUGUUUAUCAUGCAUAUGUGUAUCCAAAGAGCCGAAGGUUCUUAACGUUCAUUGUAAACGCUUUUUAAGUGUCAACGUUUCUGCAAUUGAGUGUAUACUAAAACAGUGAGAUAAUAUAGCACGAAGAGGUGAUUUUGACUCGUUUAUUCCUGCAACAAUUACAAUGUUUUAGGGCGCAAAUUCCGCCUGCAUUGCUCAGAGGUGAAUAGCAGAGGAUAUUCGGAGUUGGAGUAGCCAAUCAGAGUGCACCUUUAACGCUAUCCACUGUUUUAGAUUUGUACAUUCUUAUCCCCGUCAGAUAUCAACUUCCAACUUGAGUCAGUUAGUUAAACCUUUCCUAUUUAAAGAAAAGUACUAAAACAUUGUACCAAACCAUGCGCAAAAUAUCUAACAACUGCUCAACAAAGUUCCUCUAGAAUACAAUUGAAAAGUACUCGCUGAUGAGCACAUAUUUACUACUUUGUGCCAACCUUGUUCUCAAGGCUUUUAGCUUGAAAAUUGGGAAAUGGUGAGUCCUGGGAACGAAUGCAUACGUACAUAGGUACUUGUGAAUGGCAAUAAAUGUCACUUCGUUUUUUUCUUUCCUACAGCACUCAGUGACCAUCAUUCUGCAGAGGAGAAAAAUUCGAUUCUGGACGAAUUUUUCUAUCGUCUUGAAGAACAAUUUUUGCUUUCUCCUGAGGAUUAUAUGGGUGUGAUAUGGAAUGCAUUUAUGAUAAUUGAAAAGUCACGACCUUGA